CCAAGAGCAUACCAAUCUGGCAACCCGCUCAGGCUGAGUUUAAGUGCAGCUCAUGUGCAGGAAGCAGCAGGAGCAUUAUGGACCUGCAAUAAGUCCUAAAGUCACCUUUAUUACUGCCUUCUCUUUCCUGCUCCGGCUCUAUAAACGUGGUAGGAAAGUCCGGGACUGACGGAACAUCUCACAUACGUCCAGACAAGAACCGUGAGAUCAUUUGGUCGUGAGUCGGAGGGUGAAGCAGAGGAUUCAGCUCGAUCCUGCACUGGGUUUAAAGGCAAAGCAGGUAAAUGCUGCGGCCGGCGGACGCGUGUGAGCAGCGGGUGGUCUACAGACGUUCAGGCUAACCCACCAUGCCGUCGUCCACGCGGAAACCAGGGCCGAAGGACCCCGAGCUCCUGAACCUCUUCUUCAAAGAUGAUCCCGAGGAGGUGUUCUUCGACCUCCAUGAGAUCGGCCAUGGCAGUUUCGGCGCCGUCUACUUCGCCCGGAACUCCUACACCAAUGAGGUGGUGGCUAUUAAAAAGAUGUCCUACAACGGCAAACAGACCACCGAGAAGUGGCAGGACAUCAUCAAGGAGGUGAAGUUUCUAGAACAGCUCAGGCACCCGAACACCAUCGAGUAUAAAGGCUGCUAUCUGAAGGACAACACGGCAUGGCUGGUCAUGGAGUACUGUUUGGGCUCGGCCUCCGAUUUAUUAGAAGUUCAUAAGAAGCCGCUGCAGGAGGUGGAAAUCGCUGCCAUCACCCAUGGUGCCUUGCUGGGACUGGCUUACCUGCAUUCCCAAAACAUGAUCCACAGAGACGUGAAGGCGGGGAAUAUUCUCCUCACAGAGCCUGGCCAGGUUAAACUGGCUGAUUUUGGUUCGGCCUCCAUGACCUCUCCCGCCAACUCGUUCGUGGGGACGCCGUACUGGAUGGCUCCAGAGGUGAUUUUAGCCAUGGAUGAGGGUCAGUAUGAAGGAAGGGUGGACAUCUGGUCACUGGGGAUCACCUGCAUUGAGCUCGCCGAGCGUAAACCCCCUCUGUUCAACAUGAACGCUAUGAGUGCCUUAUAUCACAUCGCUCAGAACGAUUCACCCACACUGCAGUCCAACGAGUGGUCGGAUGCGUUCAGGAGCUUCGUGGAUUACUGCCUACAAAAAAUACCUCAGGACAGACCGUCCUCAGCAGAACUGUUGCGGCACGACUUUGUACGCCGCGACCGGCCCGUGCGAGUCCUCGAGGAUCUGAUCCAGAGGACAAAGGAUGCCGUGCGUGAGCUGGACAACCUGCAGUACCGAAAGAUGAAGAAGAUCCUGUACCAGGAGAAGCACAACGGCCCCAUGGGCGAGUCGCAGGAGGACGAUGAGGACAGCGAGCAGAGCUGUAAGGUGAACAGUGUCGGCAGUAACCACUCGCUUCCCAGCACCUCCAUCAGCACAGGAAGUCAGAGCAGCAGCAUCAACAGCCUGCAGGAGUGUAACGAUGACCCCUGCUCCGAAAUGGCCAUCGCCCAGCCCGAGUACGACAGCACCCUCGAGUCUUCCACGCAUCAUAAAAAGGAUCAUCAGUUUAUCCGUGAUGACGGCGCUCAUCGGGAGCAACGCUCUGACCUCCGACCUUCUUCGUCAGACCGGGCUCAGGCUCGCAACUAUAAAAACCGGGAACGCUUCGCUACCAUCAAGUCUGCUUCACUGGUGACGCGUCAGAUCCACGAACAUGAGCAGGAGAACGAGCUGCGGGAGCAGAUGUCGGGGUACAAGCGAAUGAGGCGGCAGCAUCAGAAGCAGCUGAUCGCUCUGGAGAACAAGCUGAAGUCCGAGAUGGACGAGCACCGGCUGAAGCUGCAGAAGGAGGGGGAGACGCAGGCCAACAACGCCUACAUCGAGCUGGAGAAACUCGCCAAGAAACACGCGAUACAGACCGAUAAAGAGAUGAGGACGACGGGAGCAGAUGAGAAGAAGUUCCAGCAGCAGAUUUUGGCUCAGCAGAAGAAGGAGCUCACCACGUUCCUGGACACCCAGAAGAAGCAGUAUAAACUCUGCAAGGAGAAAAUCAAAGAGGAGAUGAACGAGGACCACAGCACUCCUAAGAAGGAGAAGCAGGAGCGUCUAUCCAAGCAUAAGGAGAACAUGCAGCACUCCCAGGCGGAGGAGGAGGCUCAGCUCCUCAGUCAGCAGCGCCUCUUCUACGAUCGGAACUGCCGAGCCUUCAAACGCAAAGCCAUGAUCAAGAGGCACGAGUUUGAACAGGAGCAGCUCCGUGAGGAACUGAACAGGAAGAGGACUCAGAAGGAGAUGGAGCACGCCAUGCUGAUCCGACAGGACGAGUCCACUCAGGAGCUGGAGCACCGGCAGCUGAGGACUCUGCAGAAGCUGCGCAUGGACCUGAUCCGCCUGCAGCACCAGACCGAGCUGGAGAACCAGAUCGAGUACAACAACCGGCGCGAGAGGGAACUGCACCGCAAACACGUGCUCGAGCUCCGGCAGCAGCCCAAACACCUGAAGGUGAUGGAGCUGCAGAUCAAGAAACAGUUCCAGGACACGUGCAAAGUGCAGACGAAACAGUACAAAGCCCUGAGGCACCACCAGCUCGAAGUCACGCCCAAGAGCGAACACAAGGUCGUCCUCAAGGCCCUGAAGGACGAGCAGACGCGCAAACUGGCCAUCCUCGCCGAGCAGUACGAGCAGAGCAUCAACGAGAUGAUGGCCUCGCAAGCGCUGCGUCUGGACGAAGCUCAGGAGGCCGAGUGCCAGGCUCUGAGGCAGCAGCUUCAGCAGGAGAUGGAGCUCCUGAACGCCUACCAGAGCAAAAUCAAGAUGCAGACGGAGGCUCAACAUGAGCGCGAGCAGCACAAGCUGGAACAGAAAGUAUCGCUGCGCAGAGCUCAUCUGGAACAAAAGAUCGAGGAGGAGCUGGCUUCUCUUCAGAAGGAGUGCACGGACCGGAUCAAACACCAGGUGGAGCGUCAGGAGCGCGAACUGGACGCCUUCGACAUGGAGAGUCUGAGGAUGGGCUUCAGCAACCUGGGCGCUUUAGAUUAUCCGAAAGACGACUACAGAUGAGACGCCCCUGACCCCGUCCAUCACGUCCGACUUUAACGAGAAGCAAAAAAAAAAAAAACUCGCCUCCUUCCUGUCUUUUACGGGACGUGCAGUUUUUACUACUGACGGAGCUGCCAGGUCCCACCGCGUCCUGGAUCGCUCUCGCGGUCACGUUUUCUUAUUGUGUGUCGAUAUAUCUGAGUAUUAGCGAUCCGCAUUGGCAGCGGCGUCGAUGCCGGUCGUCUUUCUCGUACGAUGACGAUAUUGGGUGUUAAUGAUGAAACAGAGAUUUAGGGCGGAGCUACAGCAAUACAGACGUCUGAUGCAGGAGGUGUGUUUGUGUCGAUACUCUUCAUGAAUCUAUUCUGUUCAGAAAUCACUGAAUUUAUUCAGUUCUCUUCUCACACGUGUUCAGUCGGCUCCGCGUCUGAAGUUAGCUUCUUUAGCGUCGGUACAAGGCUAAAGCUACCCAUAAAUCACUGCAUCAUAAAUACUACCAGGGUGCCCUAAAACUUGUCUACAAUAUAAAUAUAUAAAGAAAUAUAUAAAGAUCAAUUACAGCUAUACGUCAAAAUAACAAAAG